CUCCUGUUCAGCCGUCGAGAAGUCCUCUCUGGUGCUGACAGUAUUGCCAGCCAAAGCCUCUGAAAAACCCAAAUUAGUGGGAUUAUCCAUAUGAACAAAGUGUUCUAUGUGACAGGGUGGAGUAAGAGAAUCACGCAUUUUCUGUUCCACAAGACCAAGCCGGUGCUCUUAUGCUACCACUGGCAGACCUACCACACGGAGGACAUCCUAAGCAUGGCCAAGUACCAGAACCAGUUCCUCGGGACCUCCUCCUACAGUGGGGACAUCCUCUUCUGGAACACCGGCACACUCAAGCCCAUCUUCAACUUCAAUGCCUCUAGGAGUCCCUUGCCCUUGCAGCCCAAGAGGGUGAAAGAUGUGAACAACUGCCUGCCUGAGAGCCACGGGCCCAUCAGACCCUGUGUGGAGCGGGAGAAGUGGGCAUACAAGACCCCCAGGAAGCUCUCCAGUCUCAGCCCCAAGUCUGUGGCCAAUACCAACCUGAGGCGGAGCCUGGUGUCGGCUCCCCCAGUGAUGAGGCGCUGGAGAGACAAGGAGCCAGUCAGGCCUGUGUCCUGGAAGAAACCUUCCAGCGCUGCUGGCACAUCCAUGCAGCCAGGCAAGAUCCACAGCAAACAGUCCAUUUACAAAGAGGAUGAAACAAGAAAAGCAGAAUUGCAGAAGAAUAUAUUGUUUCAAUCCAGUGCCUCUGUGGAGAAGAUAAUCUUCCUGCAGACCAGGCCUCGCCUGCCAUACACGGCUGCCCUGCUGAGCAGCUGCAUGGACGGCUACAUCUACGCCUGGUCCCUCCACGGGAGCGGAGGCCUGCUGGGGAAGUUCCCUGUGGACCUAGACAAUGAAAAUGUUGUUGUGGGUGCCAUGGCCACUGAUAAAAAUGACUGGAUCCUCAUCACGGGGGAUUGUAAAGGAUACAUCAAGAUCUGGGACAUCAAGGAUUACUGCAUGUUGAUUGAUAAACAGCCAUUCCAAUCCAAUGUGGCCAAGGUUGUCUCUGAAGCAUACAACAAGUUCCGGUUAUUAAUUCCUCAGCAGCUUGGGACCAGCUUCCCGCACUACAUUCCCUUGGAGGAUAAAGAGGUUGUGGCUGGCCAUACCAUUUCCCUGGUUCCCCCCACGCUCCUGAUUACCUGGAAGGGCCAUUUGGAUAGUGUGGCAGACAUCCUGUAUGUGGACAACUUCCAGUUGGUUAUCAGCGCUGGCCAGGACCAGGACGUCAAGGCUUGGAAACUCUCCGGUGAUGCCAUUGGAACAUUUGGCCUGAGUGUGUGGAAAAGACUACAGGAUGCCUGUGAUGGUCCUCAUGAAAACAGAGCAAGCUUAGAGGAAGAGGGCAGCUCCACUGGCACCACCCAGAAGGCCUUCCAUCUGGAACUGCAGGAGCAGCGGGAUCUGGCUGAGGCCCUGAUAUACCAGCGGCGAGAGCAGGCGGCGCUGAUGGCCCUCCUGCAUGGGAAGGCAGAUAAGGAGACAGAAGCUUGGGCCAGGCUGCAGAAGAUGGCCCUGAUGUCCCCAUGGGCCGGAGAGCGCCCCCUGGAAGACAUUGAGGACAGCUGGAGCAAGUGGGAGUCCAGGGACAAGCAGGUGAGCAAAGUCUUGGGAGCGGCGUAUAAGCCCAAGGAACGCUUGCGGAAUACCAGGUUCCUGUCCAUGAGGGUGCCGUACGGCUGGAUGAAGCAGCAGAUCUCACCUCAGGUCUACCAAAGCCUGCACUUCAAUGAUCUGAUGCCCACCCAGCAGCCCGACUUCCUGACCAGCAGGGGCCCAGACCAGCAGGACCAGCACAUCCGCCUGGUAGCCCAGGAUGUCCAGAAGGACCUGGUGCCCAGCAGGGAGCAGGCUGUGCUGCAUACCAUGGACAGCACGCCUGCAGCCACCUCCUCCCCAUCUUCCUUGUUAUCUGUCACCGCCUCAGCCUCCAGGCUGCUGGACUCCAGCUUGCCUGCCUUCCUGAGGCCCCAGUUCUCUUUCUUGCUGCGGCCCCAGUCGGCCUCCACGGCCCAUUCCACCCCCUCAGUCCCAUCCCCGGUGUCCAAGUCCACCCUGCAGAGGUCAGCAACCCCCAAGCACAUUGUCUCCUCCCUCGAGCGGCCCCCAAGGCCUCUGAAGGCCACCUUCAUGUCCUCUGUGAAGGAGGGCUCCCACGUCAGGUUCUGAGGUGCUCUGCCAUCUUCUCUAGUCCUGCAGCAGGGCCACCAGGCCCAUGGCGGGCCUGCAUGUCCCUGGCUUAUUCCCUACCAGACCCAGAGGAUAUGGCCCUUCCCCCGGCCGCCCCACUUGCCUCUCUGGGGAAGUCCACCUGUCUCCUAAUCUUAUCUUCUCUCUGGCCCCGCACAUAGCCCUGGGGCAGAAA